AUGGUGGUGGUUACCUCGGCACAUGUGCUGCACAUUGGCAAGACUCUGGUAGUCUGGGCAUUCCUCGUACGCCCCCUCCACUGGCGCGCCUCUCGCCUCCCCUUCUGCGUCUCCAGCAUCCGCGGCACCCUUCCCUUCGACGUGGCCGCCCUGUUCGAGCGGUACGGCCCCGUGGUGCGCAUCGCGCCCAACGAGCUUGCCUACGUCGAGGCACAAGCCUGGCGCGACAUCUGCGGCCACAGCCCAAAGACCGAGGAGAAUGGCAAGUUCACAGAGUUUUACAGACCUGGCAAGGGGAUGCCGCAGGACAUCAUCUCGGCGGACAAGAAGACGCACACUGUGAUCCGGCGGCAGCUCUCGCAUGGGUUUGGGGACAGGGCUAUCCGGGACCAGGAGCCUAUCAUUCGGGGGUAUGUGGACUUAUUGAUGGAUAGGCUACACGAGCAUGGGCAGGAGGGGCAUCAUGCGCUGGAUAUGACGGCGUGGUAUAAUUAUACGACGUUUGAUGUCAUUGGCGACCUGGCCUUUGGUGACUCGUUCGGCUGUCUCCAGGAAGCCUCCAUGCACUACUGGGUCAAGACCUUCUUCAAGCUCACCGAGCUCUCCGUCUGGAUGCAGUCCGCGAUCCACUACCCUCUGAUCAAGGACCUGCUGAUCAACUCCAUCCCCAAAUCAUUCAUGAAGGUGCUCGACGACAACGCCGAGUUCGCGCACAGAAAAGUCUCCAAGCGGAUCGAGUUAGGCGCGAGCAGAAACGACCUCAUCGAAGGCCUGUUGAUGAAACAAGACGACUGGCAAAUGCCUCGCCAGGAUAUAGACUCUCACGCCGGGCUCCUUAUCGUCGCCGGCUCAGAAACCACCGCCACACUUCUCUCUGGAGCAACCUACCUCCUGGCUAGCCACCCAGAGGCCCUGGCCAAGCUGACCCGCGAGGUGCGGUCGGCGUUUACGUCCGAGGACCAGAUCACGGUUGCCUCGGCGGGCCAGCUGACGUACAUGCUGGCGUGUCUGGACGAGGCCUUUCGCAUGUACCCUCCUGUUCCGACUGGGCUGCCUCGGAUUGUGGCUCCGGGUGGGAGGAUGAUUUGUGGGGAGUUUAUGCCUGGAGGAACACAUGUCGGCGUGUGGCAAUGGGCAGCCAACCACUACAGCGCCAACUGGGCCAAGCCCUUCGAGUACCACCCAGAGCGCUGGAUCGACGGCCAGAACGCCGAGUUCGCCGCCGACCAGAGGGAGGCCAUGCAGCCCUUCUCGUACGGGCCCAGAAACUGCAUCGGGAGAAACCUGGCCUACGCCGAGAUGCGGACCAUCAUAGCGCGGCUUGUGUUUGCUUUUGAUCUCAAGCUGGCGCCUGAGGGCGAGAACUGGCUUCGGGGCCAGAAGGUAUUUAACUUGUGGCGUAAGCCGCCGCUGUGGGUGCAUCUGGUUCCCAGGGCGUAG